AUGAAAAAAUAUCCCACAGUCAUACAGUUUUCAGAUUCUGUACGACUUGGACCUUUGGAAACAGAUGUGGACGCAGAAUCGUAUUUUCAGCUAGUCGAUGAGCAGAGGAACAAACUUGAACUCGGUGUCAUCAGUAAGACAAAGUUGCUCGAUACGGUACAGUUAGACUCAGAUGAUGAUGAGAAUGAUGAUGAAGCGCGACUGAACGGACAGAUAUAUAUAAAUGGUUAUCGACUGGGCGAAAAAAUAGGUAGCGGGCAGUUUGGUACCGUUUACAAAGGAUACAGUACGGGGAAGGUCGUUGCAAUGAAGCAAAUAUACAAGAGACCGAUUAACUCACCAUUUUCUAUGAGCCAGAUAAUGAAAACUAUGCGUAAAUAUGAUUCGGUUAGCAGUAACCUGGCAAUUAUGGAAAUGAAUGUAAGUAAGAUACGAUGGGAGUGUUUCGUUACUAAUAAGCUAAUCCAUCCAAAUAUCACAUCACUAAUUGAGUGUCUUGACUCUCCGUACUCGGAUCAGAUAUGGUUGGUACAACAGCUGGCACAACUAGGCGAGUUACAAUGGUCUCGAGAAAGUAAAUUCGAUUUGAUAGAACAAUGGCAAUCAUUUUACCAUGGCCAUUUAACGUCAGUGGAAGAGUUUGUGAUAAAGAUAAUGCACGAUGUCUCGAGUGGAUUGAAUUACCUGGAAAAGCAAGGUAUAAUCCACAGGGACAUCAAACCCCAAAAUAUUCUACUUGACCCUGUUUAUCAGAACCUUAGUAUAUCAGACUUUGGUUGCUCAUUGAUGGUACCGAAUAAACUGCCGUUCAAGGACGCGAGACUAGAUAAGUUUUUUGACGCAGAAUUGAAUAAGAUAGUAGGCACACCUCUAUUUACAGCACCGGAACUCUGUAAUUUCGAACAGGAGGACGUGAAAGUGCACCCACACAAUGCAUUCAAGAUAGACGUUUGGUCCCUAGGAAUUACAUUGUAUUCUGUACUGUACAACUCUCUUCCUUUUUGGGGCGAGUCUGAAUUUGAUACAUACAGAUUAGUCUGUCACCAAGAACUAAAACCUCAAAUUGUCAGGAACACAUCUGAUGAAAACAACAACAAAACAUGGAUCCACGACUACGUGGUAACUGAACUACUACGCAAAGAUCCACAACACAGACCCUCUGCUCAAAGUAUUCUACACACUUUAGAGCUGCAUUCCAAACCUGAGCUCUCAUCAAUGAACAAGUUAAAAUCGAAAGUCAGCAAGUGGAAGAGGACCCUUCUUACUAAAAAUAAAACAGAGAACCUGCCGUCAAAACUACCAAAUGUGGAUGCAGAGAAUUCGCAUUCAGAAGUGCCUUCUUCGAAGCAAAAACAACCGUUGAACAGAUCGCAUAGAGCGACAGUAAAUCUAGAAAAUUAUAUAAAAUAA